AUGCAGCACGGACUCCCUGUACCCCCUGGAUUUGUCCAAGCGUCUUUGACAGAGGAACACUACCGCGAGUUCACCAGAGAAUAUUGGCUCAGCACAGUACAAGCGCGCCUACCUGUCGUCGGCAACAUGAUUCCGCGCGUGAGCGUCGUUGACGACCACAUCUACGGUCUUGAGCAUGCACUCUCCUUCGCCAAACACGUCCGCAAUCUCGCCCAACCGUCUAUGAAGCUUCCAGUGGAAUUGCUGGCCAUUAUAUUUCAGCACCUUGCGGAUGACUGGCCGCCUUUGGGCUUCCAAUUAAAUACACCACAGGAACCGCCCCAGGAGCCCCGAACGUCCUUCGUGUACCACCUGAACUGGAUAUCUGCGGCCCUCCACGUCUGCCACCCGUGGAGAAAUAAUCUACUCCAAUGCUCGUCAUUGUGGUCAACGGUGGAUACUUUAGCCACCCCUCCGCAACUGGCACCGUGGUUCAUCGGCCUCAGCCGCAGUGCCCCUCUCCGUCUCCGCACGGAGCUGUCACGGCCGGAGCGGAAGGUCAACAACUUCGAGAUCCUACGCUCUGUUCUUGUUCCGCCACAAAUUCACCGACUAUAUGCACUCGACCUGGAGUUGUGCGACAUAUCGAUCGUUCCCGCCCUCACCACCGCUAUCCUGCCGACGCAAAUGCCGGCGCUCACAUAUUUCAACCUCAGUCUUGCGGAAGACUUGAUACCGGCGAAGGAGGACAUCAUCUACAUACCCGUAGCCUGGCUCGCCAGAUGCUUCCCCAACCUCCGCGAGCUUCAUCUUAAGCAAUGCGCCUUAACAUGGCCAGCAUCCGGAGAAGCCGUCACCCUCCCUCACCUUGUACUCUUCCGUUACAUCAUCGAAGAUGCUGGCCGCUACGUCUCACCCAAAUCCACAAUCUCGCUCGACCAAAUGCACGCGUUCUGGAGCUCGAUGCGUCAUCUCGAAACCGUGCAGAUGACCUCACCCGCACCAUUCGUACGGUGUCCUUCAACGCCCUCGAAUGAACAGCUAUAUACAAUGCAUUCCGAGCCUACGAUAGACUUGCCCAAUACGCUCAAGUACUUCGGCCUAAGCUCGCCUGUCGCCUCUAUCGCUCCGCUUGCAUCGAUGCUGCGUAUGCCGAAUCACGCCCGCGUCGAACUCAGCGCUUUCACUAUUGACGACUACUCCGCCCUACCAUUAAGGCGGUUCUGUGGUCCAGACCAUCCACCUCAUACAUUGAUGUUCUCACUCUCCACCGACGAACCCGAUCCGUACUCCCCCAAGGAAUGGGAAGCCCUCAUCUCCGCCUGGGACACGUCGCCCGACUCGACAAGCUGGACGAGCACGUCGGCGGACGAGCCUUCGUUGAACGUGAUCGGCGAUUGGUCAGGCUAUCGCAUACAAACGACGAACCCUCUCUCCGAGAUCGACCUAUCCCAGCUCCGAUUACUGGUCCUCGCCGGCGAGAAUCGCAUGAAGGUCUGCGACCCUGUGGUAUCGGAGGCAUUCUAUCGCAAGGCUACAAAGCUGCAACGGCUGGAGGUCGCAGACUGGAAAGUCGCGGUCGACUUCUUCGGCGCUCUCGUGCCCAAGGUGGGCGGCGACAUCGAGCCUUUGUUCCCUCAACUCGAGGAUAUAUGUGUGGGGAUAUCGUCGGAGGUUAGCGAGAAACAGGGACAUGAGCGAGAGGAUGCGCUCGGUAUCCCGAGCUCGAAUGACCUACUUCGUGUGGUUUCUUGCAUAGCAGCACGAGCCGCUCGCGACUGGAUCGACCGCAUCAAGGAGACCGGGGUGCCCGUCGAGUUCGUAGAAUAA